AUGGGCAAGUCAAGAGAUCUUCGGUCAUCCAGAAAGCAUGUGAACCAUCGUCGUGAUGAGUAUUGAGAUGACAAACACUACUAAAAAGUCCACUUAAGAACCAACUGGAAAGAUAAUUCGUUUGGAGGCGCAUCUCAUGCUAAGCGCAUUGCACUUGAAAAAGUUAGCAUUGAGGGUCAGCAGCCUAAUUCUGCUAUGCGUAAGUAUUGUGCAAGAGUGCAGCUCAUCAAAAAUGCUCAGAAAAUCGCCGCAUUCAUCCCAGGUGACGGUAGCUUGGUUGCUGGUUUCGGUCGUAAAGGACACGACGUGGGUGAUAUUCUCGGUGCACGUUUCAAGGUGGUUAAAGUUUCGAACGUUUCAUUGCUUGCUGCUUGCAUGUACAAGGAGAAGAAGGAGUGUUCGAGGUCGUAA